AUGGCCAUUCAAACCUCCUUACCCGAAAGUGUCAUCUCUGGCGGCACUAAACUCCUCCGAGCGGGGUUGGAGGGUAGCAAGCUUGCCGUAGCUUAUGGAAAGCCAGCCUUCGAAAAAUCCGCUCAAGUUACGGCUCAGGCAGCAGAAUGGGGAAUGCAGAACCCUGUUCUAGCCACUUGCGCGGUUGUUGGCGCUACCGGUGCUGUAGUUUUCGCUGCCCCUGGUAUUGCGACAGCCCCGGUAUUAUCAGGCCUGGGUUUCACGACAGGGGGAAUACAGGCAGGCUCGGCAGCUGCAGCCGCUCAUAGUUGGAUCGGAACUAUUGCAGCGGGGAGCCCGAUAGCCGUAAUUCAAAGUGCUGGCGCAGGAGGAGGUGGCCUUGCGAUUGUCAACGGAGCUGCACAAUUGGGGGGUGCGGUGAUGACGGUGGGAAGUGCUAGCGUAGCGUGGGCCAAAGCCAAACUAUGA